GCACUCUCCUUCUAUCAUGUGAUGCUGAAGUUUAUUAACGAGGCCUUUCAAAUAGGCAUGUGACGAAUGCGCACGACUUCCGCAAAUGCGAGGGUGCAGGUGUCGCGGAUCGGACAAAUGUGAACCCUUAGGUAAAGAAAAGCAUUUGCUAUAAUACCAACAGCUCAUCUGAGGAAUGGAAGAAAGAAAAACCAAGAGGAGGAGUCCCAAAACAUCCAGCACUCAUGUCACACAGGUGGUCAACAAUAAGAAAAGUUCUGUACCGCCUAGUAGAAGUACUGCCUUUUCAAACCCUGCUCCACAGCCACCUUUGCAGAAACCAAAGCUGAAAAGAGGCAUAAAAGAGAGAGCUAAACCACUUGGAGCAGAAAGCAAAGGCACACAGUCGGCUCCAAUCCAGCACUCAUUCCUUACAGAUGUCUCAGAUGUUCAAGAGAUGGAGAAAGGGCUUCUGAGUCUCCUGAAUGACUUCCACUCUGGCAAACUUCAAGCAUUUGGAAAUGAAUGUUCCAUUGAGCAAAUGGAGCACGUGCGAGGAAUGCAGGAGAAGCUGGCGCGUCUGAAUCUGGAGCUGUAUGGAGAGUUGGAAGAACUCCCUGAAGACAAGAGAAAAGCAGCUAGUGAUUCCAACCUGGAUAGAUUGCUGUCAGAUCUGGAAGAACUGAAUUCUUCAAUACAAAAACUUCAUUUAGCAGAUACUCAGGAUGUUCCAAACACCAGCACAAGCUAAAAGCAGUUUCUGGAUGUCAUUUUAAUCUGCAGUGCACUCUUUUUCUGACUCCUGCAGCCACUGCAAGUGAAUCUAUUCAUACAUUUCUCUUGGCAGAUGUGAAUGCUGCAAUUGUACUGGGGUGGAGUGUAGGGUACUAAAUGGCCAUGUCUUGCUGCUAUGCUUUGUAUUACUGCCUUAUCUGACACAGAAUGUUGGGAAAACUUGAAAGCGCGUUUGUACGCUCAGUGUUCAAAUCAGCUGGAAUUUCAUAUAAAAUUUAAAGUUCUAAUAAAACAAACCUGGCUUGCUUAAGUUAGUUAUAGAUACAGCUGUCUCUUUCCACACAGUGUAGAAAAUCAAAUACAGUUUCAUGGGGGUUUUUUUACAGUGAUACUGUCUAUUUAAUGAAUGUUUAAUUAUCUUAGCAAUAAAAUUAUUUUAAAGAUGA